GCGCAGCCAACGCGCACGAGCGAAAAGGCCACACAAACGGUCGUAGAUUGGGCUCCUCCGUCUCCUCUCACCAACGCCAAGUCCCCGACCGAAUCCUCGUUCUCCUCCCUCCCUUUGUUCUUCCACACCACCAGCCCACCACUCCAUUCGUCCUCCUACUCUGCCAUCAAGCCAGAGGGAACACAAGGCUGCGGCUGCGGCUGCGCUCUCCGGGGGCGGGCGCCGCGAGUCGCGUCAUGGGUGCCGCCGAUAACGGCGCGGCGCCGCGGCAGGAGGGUGACCGAGGGAAGGGGACGGCGCCGGAGGCGGAGGAGAGGGAGGUGAAGGUGGUCGUCGUGGACCAGCCGCCGCCGCCUCCAGCGAGGCUGCAGGCGCAGCGGCCGCUGGCACCGCUGCAGGUCACCACGCAGGCGCUGGCGCCGCCUCCAGCGAGGCUGCAGGCGCAGCGGCCGCUGCAGGUCACCACGCAGGCGCCGCCGCCGCCCAUGUCAGUGGCCUCCGGCGCCGUCGAGCCGCCGCCGCAGGCGGCGGCGUACCAGCCCGUCCUGCACAACCCACCGCAGGGGCCGCUCCCGUCGCUCAACUCGCGCGUGUACACCAACGGCAUCACGCUGUGCCUCUUCCUGCUCCACCUCGCCGCGGCCGGGUUCGCCGUCGGGUUCUUCGUGUUCAAGACCGUCCAGGAUAUCACCCAGCACCCACGGUCCCGCAAUGCGAGGCGCGAGCUCAGCCUUCUGCGCGACUGGCUGCUUCCCGUGGAGGGCGCAGUGGCGCUCAGCAUCGUGCUGGCGUUCGCGUGGCAGAAGGCGGUGCGCGCGUGGCCGCGCGCCAUGGUGCGCGUCAUCCUUUGGUCCAGCUUCGGCGUGACGAUGGGCGUGGGCGCGCUGCUCAUGUGCUUCUCCACGCUGGCCACCGUGGGACUUGGCGUCGCGAUGGUCGUGUUCUCCAUCGGCACAGGGCUGUACGCGUGCUGGGCGACGCGCCGCGUGGGCUUCACCGCGCGGGUGUUCGAGCGCGCGGUGCAGCCGGUGGACAAGUUCCGCGGGCUGAACGGCCCCGCCUACCUGAUGAUGGCGGCGGGGUUAGCGUGGAUCUCCGUGUGGUGCGUGGCCGUAAUCGGCGCGGCCAACUUCCGGUUCUCCGGGCUGACGAUCCUGGCGCUGGUGCUGAGCCUGGCGUGGACGGCGGAGGUGAUGCGGAACGUGGCGAACCUGACGGCCAGCCGGGUGAUCGCGCUCUACUACCUCCGCGGCAUGCAGUCGAGCGUGCAGAUCAGCUUCCAGCGCGCGCUGUCGUACAGCCUCGGGAGCGCCUGCCUCGGCUCCCUCUUCGUGCCCACCAUCGAGGCGCUGCGCAUCCUGGCGCGCGGGCUUAACCUCCUCGAGGGCGAGGACGAGUUCAUGUUCUCCUGUGCCCACUGCUGCCUCCACGUUAUGAACGCCAUCUUCAGCUUCGGCAACAGCUGGGCCUUCGUCCAUAUCGCGGCGUACGGGCGGGGAUUCGUGCAGGCGUCGCGGAGCACGUGGGGGCAGUUCGAGGCGCUGCCGGGGAUGGCGGCGCUGGUGGACUCGGACAUCACGAGCUCGGUGUGCUUCCUGACGGGCGUGACAAGCGGCGCGCUGUGCGUGGCGCUGGCCGGGUCCUGGACGUUCGCCACGCACCGGCACUACACCGCCACCGUCUCGCUGCUCGCCUUCUUCGUCGGGUACCUCAUGACGCGGAUCGGCAUGGCGCUGCCGCAGGCGUGCGUCGGGUGCUACUACGUGUGCUUCGCCGAGAACCCGGGCUCCCGGCUGUUCGACUCCACCAUACCCGAUCGGCUGCACAAGAUGCAGGAGGGCCGCGACCCGCUCGUGCCGACGCCGCGGUUCCCGCACCAGCGCGUCGGCGCGUGAGUGUCUCGCCCGCUGUUUCUCUCGUGUACCGCUCGCGCGUGAGUGCAAUGCAAGCGCUUCGAUGGAACUGGACUCGGGUCGUUCUCGAACCGAACUCGCCGACGGUGAGCCGGUGUGCGCAGCUCCAGUGGACGCGGCGAUCCGGAUGAGGACUGAGGAGGCUUGUCGUCGCGUGAAUGGAAAGCAACUGGAGUUGGAGAAUUGAAGAAGGAUCUCUCCCUGCCCAUGCUGUGCAUCAAGCGUAAGCAUUGCGUAAAAGAUUUGGAGCCUUGUCAGAUUGGGACUUGGAUAGAUUUCUUUUUUCUUUUCUUUUCUUUUUGUAAAUCCAUCCAUUUUUUGUUAGUAGUAAUGAGGAACCUUAAAAUUUCGGGUAUGUAGACAGAUGUAUUCUUGUAUAGGAAUUAGUCUGAAUAUUUUAACCACAUUCAUAUUUCUGUGCAUUAACAAGUAACAACUAUGCUCUGGUUGGUUCACACAGUGAUGGAAUGGAUGGUGGAUAGCAGUCGUUAUGUUCUGGACGUUUCGUCUUAGUACUUCGGUGGGGUGUGGGGGCACAUGGCAAGAAACCACUAUAAAACUUAGCUGAACUAAGCCCAUAAACUGAAGAGUGACAGGUGUGAUUCAUUCUAUUGGAGUAUAUUACAGAAAUUUGUAAAUAUUUGGGACUUGAGAUUGAGAGGUUGUUGUUCAA